UUUCCAACUUAUUCACGGUGAAAUAAGUAUUUUAAUUCUAGAAACACUGAAAGAAUGUAUUUAAUUGCUGUUUUAAUUAGUAUGCAAACAUAUGCAUAUUUCGUUCGCCUCGCACCGCCAGGGUUGGGGGUCCGAUUCCCCCACUGCGCUGUGUGUGCGGAGUUUGCAUGUUCUCCCCAUGCUGCGGGGGUUUCCUCCGGGUACUCCGGUUUCCUCCCCCAGUCCAAAGACAUGCAUGGUAGGCAGAUUGGCAUGUCCAAAGUGUCCGUAGUGUAUGAAUGGGUGUGUGACUGUGUAUGUGAGUGUGUACCCUACAAUGGACUGGCACCCUGUCCAGGGUGUAUCCCGCCUUGUGCCCCAUGCUCCCUGGGAUAGGCUCCAGGUUUCCCCGCGACCCUGGGAAAGGAUAAGCAGUAUAGAAGAUGGAUGGAUGGAUGGACAUAUGCAUAUUUAAUUACUUGAAGGCUACUUUGCUUAAAUACAUUUAAAUGUAGAUAGAUAGAUAGAUAGAUAGAAUCAGCAAUCACCUGGAAACAUUCAACGUUAGCAUUUUAAACACAAACAUUUUCUGCUCCAAACAACUUUGCACACUUUUAAACACAUCAUCAACUAUACACAAUUAAUAUCAUAUACUGAGCACUUAUAUAUGACAGCAGGAUUGUGGAUCUCACAUAUUUCUACAGUUUCCAUUAUUUCACUCGCCACUCUUUCCCUAACUAACCGCAGCCUGCCUCGUGAUUGGCUCGUGCUCGCACCACGUGACCGACUUCCGCCUGGAGUUUUCGCGACAGCUGGAGAGCGGUUGUGCCGCGGGAGUAUCAGGGUCGGAUUUCUGUACACUUUAAUUAUUGCUACAUCCUUUUAAAAUGGGCGAUAAGAAGAGUCCGACCAGGCCAAAGAGGCACUGCAAGCCGCCGUCAGACGAAGGCUGCUGGGACUGUAGCGUCUGCACUUUCAGGAACACCGCCGAGGCGUUCAAGUGCAUGAUGUGCGACGUUAGGAAGGGCACAUCCACACGGAAACCUCGUGCCGUUUCACAGCUUGUGGCUCAGCAAGUACCUCCGCAGUUUGCUUCACCCACACAACCGAAAAAAGAGAAGAAGGAAAAGACAGAGAAGGACAAAAACGACAGGGAGCCAGCAAUGAAAAAGAACAGCCACAAAAAGAUGAGGCCAAGGUUAAAAAAUGUUGACCGAAGCAGUGCACAGCACUUGGAAGUCACAGUGGGAGACCUGACAGUCAUCAUCACAGACUUUAAGGAGAAAGCAAAGCCCUUAUCCUCCUCCACAAGCUCAUCCUCCUCCACAGCCACGUCAGCAGACCUGCGUAGCCAAAGUGGAUCCAGCUCGGAUAACACCGAGAGAGCAGUCUCCAGGUCGUCAUCUCCUCGGGGUGAAGGCUCAUCAGUCAACGGAGAAGCACACUAGCCUCUGAUAAGCCCAUUGUUUUACUGAAGGUCAAAGAUUUUCCCGCACAUAUCCCCACUCCUUUUUUGACUGGAUUGGAUGGGGCUUGGAGGCCCCCCCCCCCCCCCCCACAAACAGUCACUGCACUAAGAUCAUAGGAAGGUCUCAAUUGAGUAGCAAGAAGUUAUAAUACUGCCCAUGUAAAGCAUCCAUCAGUGUGAUUUAGGAAUAUAUUGUUUUUAGGGACUGUUUGUUCUUAUUAACAGCUCCUCCUUUCUAAACUCAUGGAACAACUUGCUGGCUCAAAGACAGUUACCAAUGUGUGUUCUGGAAGAACAGAACGUACCAAGUGGUACUUUCCAAGUUCUAUCUCACCUGACUGCUAUUUAAAAAAAAAAAAAAAAAAAAAAAGAAAGGAACUUGAUGAGAUUGAGGGUCGGUGGUCUUAGAUCCAGGAAAACACAAACAUGGGGACUGAGCUUGAGAUCCACAAAUAGAGUAUAUGGGCAUAAUAUUGUGAUGUUCAAAAUUGUUGGUAUUGUUCAUUCUUUAAUGAGGAAUAUUUUGGUAUGAGUAUUUGGUAAGUUUACAGUACAUAAAUGUGAAGAGAUUUAAGUAGGGAUGCAUCAACACUGAUGCUGGUAUUGCGCAACGAUUCGAUACCAUGCUUAUUUACUCAGAUGCCAUUAAAAAAUGCUCCAAUAUCAGCAUUCAGUACCAUGUGAUACUAUAUGAUGGAAGCCUAGCGUACCUUGCCAUGCUAAUGAACAGACAAUACGAAAAGAAUGUUAUCUGGACUUAUUUUAUGAUUGAUGCUCAACACAAAUGGUGGUGGUGUGCAAAAAUAUCAAACCAGCAUCUUCCUUCAGUAACCUGAUAAAACGUUGCGUCAUUUAAGCAGGGUGCAAGCGUAGCUGACUUUUGCGCACAGAGCAGUAUCAGCCAGCGUGGUCAUUAAUAAUAACCACCAGGAACAAUGGAUUACACGCACACAAAGAUACUCGCACGCCUGGAGCAGUGAAGCGAGCAUGCAGAGGAACUGAUACACAUGAGAGCACUUCAGUUCUGCGAGCACUGAGACAUGAACACUUUCUUUCCCCUCGCUCGACAGGUUUUACACUUUGCUCGCGAGUCAAGGCACAACUCAGGGCAACGUGCCUUUAUUUUUAACGCUCACUCUGGCUGAUACCAGUCUGCGUGCUCAGGUUGGGCCCCCUCUAUACUUAAGAUACUUAAACAUAAAACUCGGCACAAUAAGUUAAUUUCCGGCAGCAACUAAUAUGAACAGAACUAACAAUCCAUGAUGUCUCUGAUUGAUUAAUACCAAGUAGGUUACUCAUUUUGAUUUAGAUAUCGGUAUCACCACGGGUACCAAAAAUACGUAUAUUAUCCGGGGGAGGAAAAAAAUAAAUGGUAUUGAUGCAUCCCUAGUUUUAAAAUAAUGGCCUGUGGUUAGAAAUGAUCGAACACAGUACCUGGAGUUGUUUCCAUGUUUUGAGAAAGUUCUUCGCUAGUUACUUUAUCGAAUAUUACAGUCAGAGUUUUUUUUUUUUUUUUUAAUUUUUUUUUAUUUUAUAUAUAUAUAUAAAUUGUGUUAUACCGCUUCUCACUUUACUACACUGCACAUGUGUGGUCUGUGUUCAGUCAUAUAAAAGGUCCUAAUAUAAACCGAGAACUCCUAUACAGGGGUUACUGUUGUUGAUCAGCUUGUAAACCUUAAAGCGGUAAGGGGUUUUCCACGAUUGUGUUCUGUGUGUCAGUCAUCAGCAUGUGUCUUUUUAAACUACAGUUAUAAACAGAUCUAUAAACCAGGUGUGCAUCCUAGCAUUCAUGCUGGAUGUAAUGAAUGGUGCUGCAAAGGGUUGGAGUGUCCCUUUUGUUUUUUAUAUUCACUGCACUGUUUUCCCCCCCCAGGCCAUUUUAAUCAUGUUCCCCCAAAACUCACACUUUUGCAAUAUGAACUUAAAAGCAAUUUUUUUUUUUUUAAAUUUAGAUAAUAAUAUUGUUUAGAGUGCUUGAUAGCAAACUGUAGAUCUAUUUUCCAUGUUUCUUGUGUCUGUAAGGAAAGAAGCAGUUUGAAUUUUCAAUUUGAGUGCUUUAGAUUAUUAUUAUUUUUUUUUCCCCUCAAGAAAAAGCCAUGUUUGUCAUAAAGGAUUAAGUAUAUGAGGAUCCUUUAUACAUUUCGCAUAAAGGAUUUUUAUAAAGAAUCAGGUGAUUAAAUAUGUACUGUGGUUCUUCUCGGUUAAGGUUUAUAAUGCGUUUCCAAAUAAAAA